AACCGUUUCCUCCGUAUGACGUACUUCCUCUAAGUAUCGGCUACGGGGAAAACAACAUCGAAACGACCCCAGCCUCAAGCGAAAACACAAAAUACUCGCGUCUUUACCGACUCGCACCACCUGCGAAGUAUUCGCCGAAAGACUUAACACCACCAACACAAAAUGCCCCAGAACGAGCACAUUGAGUUACAUCGCAAGCGGCAUGGCCGCCGCUUGGACCACGAUGAACGGAAAAGGAAGAAGGAGAGCCGUGAGGCCCAUACGCGUUCCCACAAAGCCAGGACGCUGAUUGGAUUGAAGGCCAAACUGUACAACAAGCAGAGGCAUUCAGAGAAGAUCCAGAUGAAGAAGACCCUCAAAAUGCAUGAACAGAGGAGAACCAAGCAGAAGAACGAUGAUAAGACCCCAGAGGGAGCAGUGCCAGCCUACCUGCUGGACAGAGAGGGACAGUCCCGAGCAAAGGUCCUCUCCAACAUGAUCAAACAGAAGAGGAAAGAGAAGGCUGGCAAAUGGGAGGUGCCCCUGCCAAAGGUGCGUGCCCAGGGAGAGACAGAAGUACUUAAAGUCAUCAAAACUGGAAAGAGACAAAAGAAAGCCUGGAAGAGAAUGGUCACCAAAGUUUGCUUUGUUGGAGACGGCUUCACCCGUAAACCCCCCAAAUAUGAGCGUUUCAUCAGACCCAUGGGUUUGCGUUUUAAGAAAGCUCAUGUCACACAUCCAGAGCUGAAAGCCACAUUCUGCCUUCCCAUCCUGGGAGUGAAGAAGAACCCCUCCUCCCCCCUCUACACCGCCCUGGGAGUCAUCACAAAAGGAACAGUGGUGGAGGUCAAUGUCAGCGAGCUGGGCCUGGUUACACAAGGAGGAAAGGUUAUCUGGGGUAAAUAUGCCCAGGUGACAAAUAACCCAGAGAACGACGGCUGCAUUAAUGCGGUCCUGCUGGUAUAAGACUGGACCUUUAUACAGACUCUGCCUGGUAGCUCUGAACACAAGAGAGGAAUGUUGAUAACAUCAAACACACGAGGCAACGCGCUUUCAGUUCACAUCACGGGGAGAUGCUGCGCCUGGCAACACAACAAUUUUUGUAACAGAAGAAGAAAAUGGGGUGAUACUGUGUUAAAUGUGACAUAAAUAAAUGUUAUGUGAUCAUA